CGGGCGCCGGCGGCCAUGGCGCUCCUGGAGGUGUGCGGAGCCCCCCGGAGGCAAAGCGGAGACUGGGCUCUCCCCGGAGUGGGAGGCAGCCGCCACUCGGACCCCGGACACUACAGUUUCUCUACGCGGUGUCUGGAGCUCGCGCUCCCCCGGGGAAUGCAGCCCACUGAAUUCUUCCGGGCCCUCGGUGGGGACAGAGAAAGGAAGGUUCCGAUUGAGAUGGCCCACGGCACCACCACACUGGCCUUCAAGUUCCAGCACGGAGUGAUUGUGGCAGUGGAUUCCAGGGCUUCAUCUGGGAGCUAUAUUAGCAGUCUACUGGUGAACAAGGUGAUAGAGAUUAAUCCAUACCUGCUGGGCACCAUGUCUGGCUGUGCGGCUGACUGUCAGUAUUGGGAGCGCCUGUUGGCCAAAGAGUGCAGGCUGUACUACCUUCGGAACGGGGAGCGAAUCUCGGUGUCAGCAGCCUCCAAACUGCUUUCCAACAUGAUGUGCCAGUACCGGGGCAUGGGCCUCUCCAUGGGCAGCAUGAUCUGCGGCUGGGACAAGAAGGGCCCUGGACUCUACUAUGUGGAUGACAAUGGGACUCGGCUCUCGGGAAACAUGUUCUCCACUGGGAGUGGGAACACUUAUGCCUAUGGGGUCAUGGACAGUGGCUAUCGGCAUAAUCUUACCCCGGAAGAGGCCUAUGACCUGGGCCGCAGGGCUAUUGUUCAUGCCACUCACAGAGACUGCUAUUCCGGAGGCGUGGUCAAUAUGUACCACAUGCAGAAAGAUGGCUGGAGAAAGGUGGAGAGCACGGAUGUCAGUGACCUGAUGCACCAGUAUCGGGAGGCCCUUCAGUGAUGGCGGCCACGGCUGGGCAGGACGCUUCUGAUAACCUCCUUGCCCGAAGCAGGGAACUGGACCAGGAGAGCGAGGGCCUGACCUCACGCAGGGCCAGGGGGAGCUGGCGGGGUUCAUCCGUAUGUUCUUGACUUCAUGGAUCUCUCUCUCUCUCUCUCUUUCGGCACCUCUGGGUGCCCCGUGAAGCACAAUAAAGGAAAAUCAUUGUAAA